AAAAGGGAGCGAAGGCUCCGACACCGGCUCAUACACAACAACAGAGAGGAAAAAAUCAUCGAACAUGAUCUCAGAGAUUGAGUGCGGAGUUUGUUACCGGACCUACAACGCGGCUCGCCGCUGUCCACGGGAGCUCCACUGUAGGCACACCUUCUGCGAGAGCUGCCUCCGGGCUUUGAGCCGCCCGCUGCUGCCGGGGGCGGACCGGUCAAUAGAUUGCCCGCUAUGCCGACACAGCACCCCCCUGACCGCAGAGGGGAACAUCAGGACCGAGCUGAGGGUGGAUGAGUCCGCCCUGGAGCGGCUGAUGACCGCGGGGGUUCUAGACCUGGAGGAGGACCCGGACGACGAGGAGGAGGAGGAGGAGGGAGACGAAGCUCCAGAGUGUGAGGGGGAAGUCCCAGAGACUGAAGCCGAGGAUAGUGACUCCUCUGCGGGGCUCAGAGGUGGGAGGCUCCGGCGGUCCUGGACCAAAGUUUGGAGGAAGAUAAGCGGCAAAAGCUCUCGACAGAGACCAAAUGAUUGUAUGACCAGUGAUGAUCUGAGGAACAUGGCCAUGAUGUCCUGCUACAUGCUCUGAGCUGCUCACACACCCAUGACGUGAUAUUUAUUGUUGCACU